ACAGAAAUUGUGCAAACGUAAGAUUAUCUUAAAAAAGAAUUGUUUUUUAAAUUUCCUCGAAAUGGGGUGCUCGGUGUAAUAAUGCGUAUGGUAAAAAACUUGACAUUUGCGUGACUGCAGCCGGCUAAUCAGAAUACUUUGGAUCCCAAUGUAAUUGAGUUUAGACUAUAAAAAAAAAAAAAACUUAUACUAUUUAGUGUUUAAUACAAAACUAUCUUUUCUUGUUUGAGUUGUUGUUUAGUAAAAUUCACUAUGCCAUAAUAACUUCUGAGUGAGUGUAUCUGUGUUUUAUUGCUUUAAAAGGUUUAGAAGAUGUGCUAACAUAAUGGCAUGAGCACAAGAAUGGAGCGGCCAGGGCGACGCACGAAGACUGGCUCUCUGAGCGGAUUAUCGGGCGGAGUGCCAAGCUCGUGCGGCGUGCGGCGCCAGCGGUCGCUCGAGUGGGGCGGUGACCGCUACAGCAGUAGUGACGAGGACCGCCCGCCGCAGCCGCCGCCGCUCGCAGACAGAGUCUUCGCUUCGCUUUUAGCACAGGCCACGCAACAGUUUGACGAUGAGCAAAGACGAAUCUACGGCUCGGAAGCGGGUGACAAUCCUCCUCGUUACGUCAGCAGUCCUCAAAGACAAGCAUCACCAUUCCCGUUAGAGAGCACCAAUCGACGUUAUUAUAGAAGAAACAGGAACUCUAAAGGUGAGGAAAUAUUUAGUGGGGAUGUUGGCGGUGGCACCCUGUCUCGCCGUCGACGCGGAGAUGACUUCGUUCAAGAAAAUAACAUUCGGAACAAUCGUCUUUGCCUCAAUAAUGGUACCUCAAGCUCUGGGGGUCAGGGUGAGCGUGAAUGCGAGUCACCUCCUGAGCCGGCUCCUCCCGAAGUGCCUCCGAGAGGGCCAUCUUUGCACGUCACUUUGCGCCAUCGACCUUGCGAACAGAAUGCGGAACCUGAUCGUCUUUAUUUAUCUGAAGAUUUCGUUAUGGCUGAAGGCGCUGCUGGCGGUGGAAACUAUCCCGCAAGAUCACCAAUGUCGAGUACUACAACAGGACACUCGAGCUCCAGUCACCACAGUCUUCGACUGCAUGAACUCAUCAAUUUAGAGAAACUCAUCAAGCAGAUUAACCACGAUAAACAGAACAAUGAAUAUGAAAUACACAAAAUGUGA